CGGCGCUCUCUUCCUUCCACGUGAUCGUGCUGGUUAGUUCGCAGGCGGUCAGACCAGGAGCCGGAGACCAUGGAUCAGAGACUUGGGUUAUUAGUUCUUCUGGCGGCAGGCCUCCUCUGCCUCAGCUUGGCGCCCGGCUCUCAGGCGGAGCACCAGGGCCUGGACGCUCUGGAUGAUGACGUAGACGUCGAGGACGAGCUGGAUCUGGGUUUGGGCGGAGCUGACGAGGAGGAGCUGGAGGGGGACGCUCAGGAUGAAGCUCCGCCUGCUCCUACAACUCCUCCCGCACCGAAGGUGACCUACAAAGCUCCUGAGCCGAUGGGGGAACAUUUCUUCGCGGAGUCUUUUGACCGAGGGACACUUGACGGCUGGGUUCUGUCCAUCGCCAAGAAGGAAGACACCGAUGAAGAGAUCGCAAAAUACGAUGGUAAAUGGGCGGUGGAGGAGAUGAAGGACAGUAAACUCCCCGGGGACCAAGGUCUGGUACUGAAGUCCAGAGCCAAACAUCACGCCAUCUCAGCCCAGCUGCUGCGACCUUUCACCUUCGAUACCCAGCCCCUCAUCAUCCAGUACGAGGUGAACUUCCAGGCAGGGAUUGAUUGUGGUGGCGCCUACAUCAAACUGCUGACUCAGACUCCUGACCUCGACCUGGACCAGUUUGUGGAUAAAACUCCGUACACCAUCAUGUUUGGACCCGACAAAUGUGGAGAAGAUUACAAACUCCACUUCAUCUUCAGACACAAAAACCCCAAAACUGGAGAGUAUGAAGAGAAACACGCCAAGAAACCAGAUUCUGACCUGAGGACGUACUACACCGACAAGAAGACACACCUGUACACACUGGUGUUGAACCCGGACAACACCUUCGAGGUGCUGGUGGAUCAGACGCUGGUGAACAGCGGCAGCCUGCUGACAGAUGUGACCCCCCCCGUGAACCCUCUCGCCGAAAUCGAGGACCCGGACGACCACAAACCGGAGGACUGGGACGAGAGGCCCAAGAUCCAGGACCCCGACGCCGUCAAGCCCGAGGACUGGGACGAGGACGCUCCCGCUCAGGUUCCAGAUGAAGACGCAGUGAAACCAGACGGCUGGUUGGACGACGAGCCGGAGUACAUCGGAGAUCCUGAGGCCGUCAAACCUGAAGACUGGGAUGUGGACAUGGACGGGGAGUGGGAGGCUCCUCAGAUCCCUAACGCCGCCUGCGAGACCGCCCCCGGCUGUGGCGCCUGGAACCGUCCCAUGAUCGAUAACCCCAGCUACAAGGGCAAGUGGAAGCCUCCGAUGAUCGACAACCCCAACUACCAGGGCGUCUGGAAGCCGAGGAAGAUCUCCAACCCGGAGUUCUUUGAGGACCUGCACCCGUUCAGGAUGAGUCCGUUCAACGCUGUUGGACUCGAGCUCUGGUCCAUGACCUCCGACAUCUUCUUUGACAACUUCUUCAUAUCCAACGACCGCAGCACGGCCGAGCGCUGGGCCAACGACGGCUGGGGCCUGAAGAAGGCAGCAGAGGGCGCUGCUGAUCCUGGUCUGGCAACGCAGAUGAUGAACGCUGCAGAGGAGCGUCCCUGGCUCUGGGUCGUCUACGUCCUCACUGUGGCUUUACCCAUCGUCCUCAUCGUUAUCUUCUGCUGCACCGGCAAGAAGAAGAGUGCGGCGACGCCAGCAGAAUACAAGAAGACGGACGAACCUCAGCCUGAUGUGAAGGAGGAGGAAGAGGAGGAGCAGGCUGAAGAGGGAGAGGAGAGCAGUCCAGCUGCAGAGGGCAAGAGCGACAAAGAGGAAAGUCCGGGAGAGGAAGAGGACGCUCAGAAUGAUGAAGAUAAGGACCCCACAGUAGAUGAGAAGUUGGAGGACGAUGUUCUGCGGAGAUCUCCCAGGACCAAGAAGGUCAGAAAAGACUGAAAUCUCUGAAUCCAAAGCCCUGACCUCGACUCCUCCCCCUACUGCCUCCCCUUACAUGCCCCUCCCCCCUCCUCCUCUGCUCCGAGGUGAUGAAGCCUGAACGGAUCCCGAGGAAGCAGUGAAGCCGACAGGAAACUAAUCAAGAAACUGACGCCUGAUGAUGAUUCCAGUUUGAGCAGGACUGAGUUAGUAUGAUUAAAGGAGAUUAACUAAGAUUAACUAAAACUUCCUGCAUCAUUCCUUAACGUCCCCUGAGCAGACUCCAACCCACGACGCCAGCGUCUCCUCUUCCCAUCUGCUGAGUCGCCGCCGCCUGCCGCCACCCACGAGCUGGCACAAGCCCCGCCCCCCAGAACAGCCUGUUAAAACCCUGUUGACAGUUUGCUGAUCAGUCUCCUUAGUUAACGUAGGUAACUGACUCUAAUUAAACAGUCUCGCCUCAGGUCGUCCUGUUGGGUCUAAUAUCGAAGCUGUUAGCGGUUAGCAUGAACUAACCCUCUGAAAAUCCACCAGUCAGAAUAUAACGACAGGAAGUCUGAACCAAUAACACCUGAUCAUUAAUCUAUACAGUUCAUAGAUUGGUCUGCUGACAGGCAGGUAACCAGCCAAUCAUCUACCAGGAUGCUAAACAGGCUAACAGGUUAUCCAACAACCAGAAGUCUGCAUGUUAACCUUCCAGCUAAUUAGCCACAGGACUUGUCUUUUAACUUGUAACCACUGUCCAGCUUCUGAGCAACAAACAGAUCCUAUCAGCUAACGUCCUGACUAUUAACCAACCAGCAGACAGGAUGUCCACACAUGAUCCGGGCCUGAAUGCUCUCGCUAGUUAGCCCGUGAGCUAGUCCGUAGCGACGGAAACCUCGGCUCCAGUUUCUCGUAGCCGACCCUCAUCCCUCGAAGCAGCUGAUCCCAGCAGGCUGCUAACGAGGGACGUUCAUAACUGCAACUUCUUCUUCCAAGACUCUGGAGAUUAGCCUGUUAGCAUCCCACCCAUUACUUUUCAAUCAGCUGCAGCAGUCGCGUGCUAACGGCUCCUGAAAUGAAAUGAGUACACUCCAGCUGACAUGAACUAUCUUUUCUUCUCGUGUUGUUGUCACAGACGUUCGUGGAUGUUUUGUCCUCAGUGUUUUUAACGUGUGUUUUUGUCCUGAUGGCAGCGGAGAAGGUCAGAGGUCAAGUGCGUGUGUUGUGAUUAGAACAAACAGUUCCACAUGUGUCGGGUGUCGUGUCACAGAUGGAUCUUGUCCGACCGGCUCUCGCCUGCGUCGUUUUCAGUCAAAACUGUUGAGUCAGCUUCAGCGUGGGUUCUACCGGCGGCCGCAGAGGAACCUCAUGACCGAUACUCCAUCUUUGAAAAUAAAAUUCAUUGAGAUCUCAGUCCAAACUAUGGAAAAUGGUUUUGUAUUUAUAUAGUUUUACAUUCACACACACACACACUCAUACAGUGCAUCUAUUAGCAGCACUUUGGUGUUCUAUGGGGGGGGGGGGGGGAUCUGUUUCUCAUCAUCAUCGUGAAACGGAUCCAACAGAUUUCACAGUAAAACUCCCGUUUGGCAUCAAACUGCUUUCAGCUGCUGUGUCUUUCAACUCUUUCACAUCAUCACUGAGUCCCGGUCGUGUUUGUUUGGACUGAAACUGACGUCGGCAGAUGGACAAACUCCCAGUCCCUCUAAUCAACCCCACAUGAAAAGAACAAGGCACUAACGGAAGAAACUCCGGCGCUUAACCUCUCACCCGUCCACCUGCUGCCCGACGUGUCCCCAAACCUCCGAGUUCAGCCUCAUGUUAAAGAGACGGCACUUGAGCGUGAAGUUCGCUCGUAACCACAACAAUUCGAGACAAUAUCUGAACUAAAACUCCAGUCGGUCACAUGGUGACGUGUGAUCACGUGACUUUGAGCCGACUAAAGUCUAUUCAGCUUAACUUUCCUGUGGAUGAAGAUGUUGAAACAAAUCUGUAGCUCAGUUGAGUUUCUUAAAAGUCAUCAAAUCCUUUGUUUCUUCUUACAAACGUUUCUCCUGCUGUCAUUGUUAAAUGUGUUCGUUUCCAGCAGUUUCAGUCUCUUGAAAGUAAACUGCAGGUUCAUCCGUAGUGAAAAUACUCGUGAGUAGCAGCCCUUCGCCACUUGAACCCAAUUCUUCCAUCAUCGCCACCGUAGUUACCAAAAACCUUUAAGAUUCUACCUCUGGAUUGUGUCCUCUGCUGCCGCCUGCUGGACGCUGUGGACAUGGUCUCGAUGUCUUGCUGAGAAAAAGCUUCUAGUUGCUCCUGUAAACUCGUGAAUCUGAGAACUGGCUCCGGGUCGUUCGUCCAACAUUUUAUCUUCAGCGUCGUUUCUCACAAACUGUUCAGCUCAGUAAAGCCACUAUACAUUAUUUGACUCUUAAAAACUGCUGACUACAACAUUUUAGUCUUUUUUAAAAAAAAAAUGACAUGUCAAAAACUGACCGUUGACCUCUUGACCUUUCCUCUAGCGCCACCAUCAGGACAAAUCUAUUCAUUUUCAAAGCAUAAAAAACACUAAUUAUUCCAUGAACGUUGUGUGUGAAGCUGCAGCAGGAGCUCCGCCUCCUGGACUGUGAUCGUGUCUGUUCAUUGUUUAACUGAAGUUUUGUGAUGAAGGAAGAACCCGAGCAGCACGUGAGGUCACGUGAGGUUUCCUCAGUGUGACGGAGCCAGAACGACACGGCGUCGAUCAACAUACUUAUACAUGUUUAAAUAUUAAAACCAGUUAGUGUGGGAAAGAAAACUACGUCCGUCUGUGUAGCCUCACGACUGUUGAUGUGUCCGUCUCGUCAGUUACACUCGACUGAACGUCACGUCAGGUCUUCCUCUGUUUAUCUAUUGAAACAUUUGAUUGGUUCAAGACGAGUUAGGAAUUACUCUCAAAGUCUGAGGUGUCUGUGUUUCUGGUUGUUGCUUAAUCCCUGUUCGGGGCCUUGAGAUGACCCGGAGGUCCCUGCUCUGUCCACGUGACCUUCGUCUGUCCCGUGGGUCAACACGCUGCAGUCGUUACCUUCUCGCUGUUAGCUGUUGCGUUCACUCAUCUUCCUCCCUGUGCUGUGAAUGGUUUUAGGAUGAAUCUGACGCAGCGUUACAUUCCCAUCAUCAACGUAUGUUUCGGCCGCUGUUCAUCGUCUGCCACCCUCCUCUUCCUCUUCCUGUUGUGUCCGACUCUUUGUUUUCUCUGGUCGUGUCCAGCUGAGGCUGCCUAUAGCUAACAGACUGUAUAGACUGAACACUGUAUCUGCUGGUGAGACUUAACGUGACUCUGUAACUAUUAACUUUUUAUUGUUUUGUUGACUUUGUUUUUAAACUAUUUGUUGGGCCCAGCGUGUUUCUGAUGAGCACGCUGUGCAGCCGCAGCACAGACGUCCAGCCUGACGUAGAAAUGCUGUGAUGACGGAGCCUGGUGCGUGUGUGACGUGAAGUCAACAUUUGUUUUGAUGAAUAAAAAGGCCAAAAUGGAAACUGAA